UUAUAUUAGUGCAGAACACUGUACCUUUAAUUUAAAUGCCCUUGGAGUCUGCUGGGGAAGAGAAAUAAUACUGUCAGUCAGUAUGACAUGCAGAUGAGUGCCGUCCAUCUUAGAAUCACCGCACACUUCACUCAUUUGGGCAGUCACGGGGCACGACGAAGAAGAAGAAGAAGAAGAAGAAUGAGAAGAAGAAAAGAAGAAGAAGAAGAAUGAAAAGAAGAAGAAGAAGAAUGAAAAGAAGAAUGAAAAGAAGAAGAAGUAGAAUGAAAAGAAGAAGAAGAAGAAUGAAAAGAAGAAUGAAAAGAAGAAGA